AUGGAUUACGUUCUAAAAUCUGACCCAUGGAUUUUUGAUAGAGCCCUUCUUAUGUUGAAACGCAUCUCAGGUGAGGAACAACCUUUUGAUCUUGACCUGCACUUCAGCUCCUUCUGGGUUAGAAUUUACGAUCUCCCUCUCAUCCUUAGAUCUGAGACUAUGGAGAAGAAAUUGGGGAAUAUUAUAGGUAUCUUUGAGGAAAUGGAUGUUAGAGAAACUAGUAGAAAUGGGAGGUUUCUGCGUAUCAAAUUCACUACGGAUCUGAAGGAGUCAUUGAAACGUGGUACAGUCGUCACUUUCAAAGGUAAAAAGAUUAGGGUCCAUUUCAAAUAUGAAAGGCUUCCUACUUUCUGCUUCAUAUGUGGGAGAAUGGGCCACCAGAUCAAAGAUUGUGAGGCAGUUGAGGAACUCAAUGAAGAGGGGUUUGAUGAUAUAGAAGAGCAGGACCUAGCUUUUGGUCAAUGGUUGAGGGCUUCACCACUGCCAAAACUCACGGAUGAGUUCAAAAAACGGGAUUCAAGCUCUAGUCUGUGCAAUUGGGAACUCUUCAAUGCGUCGUCUAGCUAG